AAUGAAACCAAGAUGCUUCUGAAUACGCGUAGAUGUCAUCUCAGGUGACGAGCUAUGCUCAAUUGAGUUUGUCCUCUGGCAAGUACAUUCGAGACAACAGUGUGUUCCAUCGUCGCAUCAGGGGUGAUUUGAGCCAUUUCCAACCUCCACCCGAGCAGUCUCAUCCGGAGACUCUCGGAUGUGAAUACAACUUCAUACUCGACCAGCGCUUUCAUUCGCUUUGGAAUGUCCACCCUGAGCAGCUCUCCGCCGGCUAAACGGGCACGCCCGAACGUCGGCUCAGCGCUGAAGAAACAGCCUGUCGCACCUCCGCCUGCGGUUCCAGAUUUUGACAAGGGGAUCCAAUACUGGGAUGAAGUUGAGGCAUCGGUGAAUGGUGUUCUCGGGGGCUUUGGCGAGGGUCCUGUCCCUCACAUUGAACAGCUCUCCUCUCGACUUCUACUCCUUUCUCUCCUUCCAUCCCUACAUACGUUCCCAUCUCCCUUGACGCCUUUCCCACCCCCUCGACCAAAACACCGACUCACCGUCCUCGAUGUCGGAGCAGGUAUAGGUCGGGUCACAGCCAACACUCUGCUGCCUUUGUUUGAAGAUGUCGUUCUGGUUGAACCUGUCCAAAAGUUUAUACAAGAGGGCUAUGCAAAUGCUCGCGCUGGCAAAUGGAGAGAUAUUCCAGCAGCAGUAACAUCAGACAACGAUAUGAGCGGGAAAGGAAAGGGAAACCAGGAUCUAGAUGAGGGAUGGAGAGGGAAACGCGUUUGGUUCCUGAGAGGAGGAUUACAGACAUUGGACCCAUUAAGACCGCAAGUUGGGGCCGAUAGUCUCGGAGUACUGGGUCGAUCGGAGGGCGGAGAAUCUAGUGAAGGAUUUGGAAGGCCAGAAGGAGAAGUGGUCUACGAUGUGGUAUGGUGUCAGUGGUGCCUUGGCCAUCUGUCAUCCCCUGAGCUCGUCGCCUUUCUCAAGCGAGCCAGAGCAUCCCUUCGUCCAGAUACUCGCACGACUUCUGACGGCUCUUACGAAACGAUGCUCUUCGUCAAGGAGAAUGUGUGCGAAGAUGGACCCGGGGGUCAAGCCACAGAGUUUCUAGAUGAACAGGAUUCCAGUUUGACCAGGUCCAACGCCAAAUGGCUCGAGGUAUUUCGAGAAGCUGGGCUCGAGGUCAUCAGGGAGGAGGUUCAGAUCGGUAUGCCGUCCGAGCUGUUCGUGGUGAAGACAUGGGCUCUGAGAUGAUCUAUGGGUCGCGGUAUACACUGUAUGCAUGUAGUGAUGUAGAUCUGAUGUCUGUUAUACCAUGCAAAGCUGCAUUGG